AUGAGCAAUAAACAACCUAGCCAGGAACAAAAAGUUGAUGAUGAUAUUAGGAAACAGUCAGAAUUAGCGGAACUUAACAAAUCUGUCACAUUUUAUCAACAAAUUCCUGAGACAUGCACAGUUCUCCAAGUUGCAUGCACACAUUAUAACGGCUUUGUAUUAAGCACGUCUGGAUUAGUAUACUCAUGAGGAGAAUGCACCUAUGCUCUCGGCAGAAAACCUAAGAAUCCUUUAGAGGCUAAAAAGCCUGCUGUAAUAGCAGCUAUUAAAGAAAAAAACAUCAUAAGUCUUGCAUGUGGAGAUAGCCAUGUCAUUGCACUUGACAGUGAGUCUGAAAUUUAUACUUGGGGAGACAAUGAAAGCGGCCAGCUUGGAAUAGGAAGCACAACUCCCUCGUAUACUCCUAAUAAAAUCACUAUAAAAGAUGACCAGGCAGCCGGAAUCUCUGCUGGCCCAGUAAUCAGAAUCUCUGCUGGCCCUGAUUUUUCCUUUGCAUUAGUCCAAACUGAAAGCGAAAACGGGAUUUCUUAUGAUUCUUUUGCAUGAGGAAACAAUAAAAACGUAAGGCUUGGACAAGGCUCCAAAUAUGGGGAAAGGCAAGAAAUAUUCACAGAGCCUACAAAGAUCAUGAACCCUGGAUGGGAGUCGAAAGAGCCUGACAAAUUAAUGAUUUCCAAUAAAAGAGGCAAAAACAUCGUCUACAAAACUAAAUUCGGCCCCGAAAUCGCUAUAGGUGGUGUCAGCAAAAACGAACUCGCCAAAAUCAACAUAGAAAAUGACAACUUAAAAAGACGCCUCGAAAUUAUGACCAAAAAGGUUAGCGAAAUAGAAGACGUCCUAUUUGAUAAACGAAUAAAACCUUCCCCUAGCGCCUGAAGCGAAGACGAGACCUUAAAAUCUUUCCAAAACAUAUUAGAAGAAACCAUACAGACUGAUGAAAACUGCAAGCUGAAAAUUGAGGAAAAAACCCAGAUGAUUGAAGAAAUUAAAGUGGCUAUUGAAGCAAAGGAAAAAAUGAUUAUUAGUAAUGAAAUUGAUGAAAGAAAAGAAAAAGAAGAAAUUGAAGAACUGGAAGAUCUAUUGGCGAUUCAUAAGCUGAGGAUGGAAAAAGAAAACGGGAAACAGACCGAGGAUCACACAGCUACGACAGCAAAGACGAAUAUAGCGAAAAAGAGUGAAAAAGUUAAAAGUUUUGCAAAAACCAAGCUUGAAUGUCAGUCUGAGCUAAUUAAAUUGCAAACGGACUUGAAAGAGCUGGCAGAGGAUAAAGCGAAGCUUAUUAAGCAGAAAUUUGAAGCUGAGAUUAAAAUUGAGUUGUUUACAACAAUGGUGGAAAUAAGAAAAGACCAGCUAGUUCACGAAUUUUUUGAUAAAAAUCAAAAAGCUGUCGAAACAGACCUUAGAAAUUUUAUCUCAAUUUAUGAUGCUGCCAAUGACGCUGCAGUUGAAAAUCUCAGUAAAUCCGUAUUAAAUAGCUGCCUCACUAACUACAUACGGUCUUCCAACCACAUAUUUAAACAACUAAGACAAGAAAUUUCAGAAAUUCAAAAACGUCGGAAGCUAGAUCAAGAUACUUUCAGGGUUUUCCAGCCUCUAAGUCAGUUAUGGUCAAUAUUAGAAGAUAAUAUUGAUCUCCGAGAAAGAGUAAACCAUUAUACCCAAGGAACGCUUUCCUUUUUAACAGAAACUGAAGCAUUUCGCGAUGAGCAAGAAAAAUCAGAAACAGAUGAAACUACUAGCUAUAUUGAUGAAAAAGAACUUAUGAAAAGGAUUUUGGCCAAGUCAAAUCUAGAUACGGUGGAAGAUGAAGCUUUAAGUUAUGACACAAAAGAUAUGAAAACCAAGCGAGAGACUGAAGAAGAGGAAGAGGAAGAAACUGAAAGAAAUGAAAGAGAGGAAGAGGAAGAGGAAGAAGAAGAAGAAGAGGAAGAAAAAAAUUCUGAAAAUUAUGAAGAAAAUGAAGGAGGGAGUGAGGAGUAUGAAAAUAAGGGAAGGGGAAGUGUCCCAAUAGAAAAUAAGAAAGGAGAGAGAAACAAAUGGGGAUGCUGCUAA